AUGGCAGACAAAGACAAAGACGCUCACCAACAGCGCAAUGAGUCUGUGCUUGGCGGAGGGGGCGAUGGUGCGAUGAGGUUUCCGACUGCUGUCAAUUCUUCAGGCAAGAAAGAAGAGUUCAUCGAGCGCAUAGAAGAGGGCAGCAUACCAAAUGCGGGGAGAAGGCGCCCUACGGCCGACAAGGGGACUCAAGUCACGAAGGAGGACAUUGCGGCGGCUAUGAGGAGAGAUCGGGAGAAGAUGCCGCCACCGCCCGUUCCACAUCGCCUGCAGGAACCCAGUAUCACCCGUCAGUCUUCGAAUGGCAUCGCUUCCUCCAAUCCUGCCAGGUCUCCCGAGCAAGUUGCUCCGCAUGCCACCAAUCUCUCGAGCAGCAGUACCGGUCCUGCCACUCAGAUCCAGGCUGGUCUAUUCGGCCAGAUUGGUGCCACAAGAGGCCAAUCUCCUGCUUCAAGUCUACUCUCUGGGCGGGCAAGCUUCGACAGCGCUUCUCCAUCAUCCUCCGCUCCAGUGAAUGGCAACCACACUGGUGCCAGCGCUCCUCAAGCAUCCGGUCCGGAGAACCCAGCGCAGUGGUAUCAUCGUCUUCGGCCGACUCCUGAGACGGAGAGUUCUGAGAACACCGCUCUUCGUAGCGGUACCUCUACCUGGCUGCUUCGGGAUCACCGCGAGAGCUCUGUCAGCUUGAACGCCCGCCAGAGCCAGCGUUCGCGCCGUGGCUGUCGUUAUGGGUGUGGAAUGCCUGGUGGAGAGCAUGGGGCGGACUGUCCGGGCCUCAUGGAUACGAAAUCCUAG